UGAAAAGGGUCCUUCUCAUUUGUGUGAGUCAUGCUUUUGCUGUGAGCGAGUUGGCAGCUCUAAGCAGGACUGGGAUCUCUGUCAUAGAAAACUAUUACUUCACCCAACCUUAAUGUAGAACCAUAAGAAAUAUAUUUUAAAGCAUUUACUCUUUGUUAUACUCUCUGCUUUUUUUUAAAACCAAAAUUUUAUUUCCCGUCCUUGUUGUUAUGAAUCGUCUGCUAUGUUAGCACAGGCAUCUUCUGCGUUGGCAUCAGAUUUGCCAGAACGUAUGCAGGAAACCAGAUAGAAGGGCAUGCUUCAACGUACCAAGUAUAACCGCUUCAGGAAUGAUUCGGUGACAUCAGUUGAUGAUCUUAUUCACAAUUUGUCCAUGAACAGCAAGGUCUCAGCAGUUGCUACGACUUCAACAACACCUUCAUACCUGGUCUCACCUGAGGUUCUCCGCAAGGACCAAGAAGAUGGACCCACCACCCUUUGCACCCUCAUCCAUAAAGUGUCCCACUUGAAACUGUCCAACACAGGCAGCCUUUUGGGCAUCAAAAACCUCUCCUCUGCAGUGAAGGAGCUUGCUGUCUCCAAGUUGCAGGGAAGCUCGAGUGCUUCCAGCUCAGCAGCAGGGGCUUCAGACAACACAUGUAACCUUGUCUCUGCCACUUCGUGUUCUCAGCAGGACGUGAGCAAGAUGAGUACAGGGAAAAAAACACGGUUAGAGGAAAUGCACCUGGGAGGUGAAGACUGGAAUCAAAAUAGCAGCUUUGUCAAUAAACCCUCUCGAGGGUGGCUGCACUCGAACGAAAAGAUCUUGGGACCUGGUGUGACGUACAUUGUGAAGUACUUGGGGUGCAUAGAGGUCUUACGCUCAAUGAGAUCUCUUGACUUCAAUACUAGAACACAGAUUACAAGGGAAGCAAUCAGCCGUGUUUGUGAAGCAGUGCCUGGUGCCAAAGGAGCCUUCAAAAAACGAAAGCCACCAAGCAAAACUCUCUCCAGCAUCUUAGGCAAGAGCAACCUUCAGUUUGCAGGGAUGAGCAUCACUCUGAAUAUCUCCACCACCAGUUUAAAUCUGAUGACACCUGAUUCAAAACAGAUCAUAGCUAAUCAUCAUAUGCAGUCUAUUUCUUUUGCAUCUGGAGGUGAUCCGGAUACAACAGACUAUGUUGCAUAUGUAGCUAAAGACCCUGUUAACCGCAGAGCAUGCCAUAUACUGGAGUGCUGUGAUGGCCUUGCUCAGGAUGUCAUCAGCACUAUAGGGCAAGCAUUUGAACUUCGAUUUAAGCAAUAUUUACGCUGCCCCAGUAAUAUACCUGCUCUCCAGGACAGGAUGCAGAGUUUUGAUAAGCCUUGGAUGGAGGAAGAGGGGGAAGCAAUGGAACAUCCUUAUUACAACAGCAUUCCUAAUAAAAUGCCCCCUACUGGGGGUUUUAUUGAUGCCAGACUCAAAUCCAGGCUUCCUAACGUGGCAGACACUGCUCAGUCUGCCACAGCUGCAGGAAGAGAACAAAUGUACUACCAGAGUCGACAUUUCGGAGUCAAAUUCAGUGAAGACUGGCCUCAUGCACCUCUUAAACAAGGGUCCCUGGACAUUUACGGCAUGCCGGAAGGGAAGACCCAUUUCACCCCGGCAGGAGAGGUACCAACUUAUGUGAACACCCAGCAUAUAAAUGUGGAAGCUCUACUGGCGCUUCAGUCCAAUGCUGAAAGCAUGUUCAGUGCCACAACAGACUGUACCAAAGAGAGCAGUCCAAGAAAAGAUCUGUUUGAUAUGAAGCCGUUUGAAGAUGCAUUGAAGAAUCAAACUACUGGGCCUGUGUUGAAUAAGGCAACUUCAGUUGAAUGUACCAGUCCUCUUUUAUCCAGAGCAGCUCACUGGACUAUGAUGGAAGACCUAAGUACAGAACCUUGGUAUCAAGGGGAGAUGAGCAGGAAAGAAGCAGAAAAGUUGUUAAAGAAGUGUGGAGACUUCUUGGUCAGAAAAAGCACUACAAAUCCAGGUUCCUAUGUGCUGACUGGUAUGCAUAAUGGACAAGCCAAACAUCUUCUUUUAGUGGAUCCAGAAGGAACUGUUUGUACUAAAGACCGUAUAUUUGACAGCAUAAGUCAUCUCAUCAACCAUCAUCUUGAGAACAAUUUGCCAAUAGUCUCUGCUGGGAGUGAGCUCUGCCUCCAGCAACCAGUUGAGAGGAAGCAAUGAUGCGUUAUGACACUUUCAGAUUUUGUACCCUGUAAGCUAUAACCAGUGGAUACUGCAAACCUGAAACCAUGUACAUUAAAAAUGCAUACAUAAAUAUAUAUAUGUAGAUCUCACCAGUAUGUUCCCUUUAGGUUUAAGAAGUGUCAUCCCAUAUGGUACCACUUGAAAAUUCUUACUGCUCUACUCAGACGUGAAGUCUGAUUGAAAACACAGACAGAAGGCUUUCUUAAAAUGUAAUUUCAAUAAAAUUGUUCCGAUUCCUUAAUGUGAAUAUUGAUAGUGUACAUACAUGCAUUAUAUAUAAAUACAGUAUAUAUUUAUAUUUUUCAAGUCAGUCUGUUGAAGGUAUGGAACAAAUGUUCUGUGCCAUGUGUUUUUAAUUGGAAAAGAUGCCAAUUGUGAUUGUUCAGAUAAAAAUAGAAUUCAAUGAUCUCAUUUCCUUGAGAAAUCUAAUAUUGGAAGUCAUAUUUGUAGUUUUAUCUAAUAAGCACAAUUAUGGGGAGAAAACAAGUGGAUUACAUUGAUUAAAUACCAGAAGAGGGGACUAAAUUCAGAGCUAGUAUUCCAACAUGGAAAUUUAGUGUGAACCAGUUUUUAAAAGCAUUAGUUAGUGUCACUGAUUUCAAAAGCAUUUUAUCUUUCUGAUGUUGUUUCAAUUCUUAUAUGAUGCUACUCAAGAUGUUUGUAACUUACUUUGACAAUGACUUAGUGUGAUCUUUGUGUGUUUGAGAUGUAUGCAUUUACUUUUUCUAACAAUAAUAUAACACUAUUCUGCAGCUUUUAUUUAUUAAAUCUAAUUAAAUCAAAGUAAA